AUGCUAUUUUCAAUGUUCUUCAGACCUCUUUCCUUAUCAUUAUCGAUUUCCUCACGUCUGUCCACUUUUCUCACUAGGUGUCAGCAUUUCAAUAAAUAUCAUUUACUUCAUCGCCGUACAAUAUUAAGCAUAAGACAGCAAGGAAGAACAAUGUCAACUAAAAAUAUCACUGCACAAUUACAAAAGCUUGCCAUCAAGGAACCAAAGGCCAUCGAAGGUUCUCAUCCUGAUGUUAAUGUCGUUGAUUUAAUGAGAAAUUAUAUUUCCCAGGAGUUAAGCAAAAUUUCUGGUGUCGAUGAAGCUUUAAUUUUCCCAGCUCUAGAAUGGACUAACACUUUAGAAAGAGGUGAUUUGUUAAUCCCAGUUCCGAGAUUAAGAGUUAAAGGUGCUAAACCAAACGAUUUAGCUGCUGAAUGGGCUGAAAAAUUCCCAUGCGGUGAAUUUUUAGAUAGAGUGGAAGCCAACAAGGCAUUCUUACAGUUCUUCUUCAAACCACAAUUUUUAUUUAAUGUCGUCAUUCCAGACGUUUUGAAUAGAAAAGAUGAAUAUGGUUCAUGUAACUUAGGUGAUAACAAGAAAGUUAUCAUUGAAUUCUCUUCUCCAAAUAUUGCUAAACCAUUUCAUGCUGGUCAUUUAAGAUCAACUAUUAUUGGUGGGUUCCUUGCUAACCUUUAUGAAAAACUUGGAUGGGAUGUUAUUAGAAUGAAUUAUUUAGGUGACUGGGGUAAACAAUUCGGGUUGUUAGCCAUUGGUUUCGAAAGAUAUGGUAGCGAAGAAGCAUUAGCUAAGGAUCCUAUUCAUCAUUUAUUCGAAGUUUAUGUCCGCAUCAACAAAGAUAUCGAAGAAGAAGGUGACUCUUUACCUUUAGAAGAAUCUACCAACGGUAAAGCCCGUGAAUACUUCAAGAGAAUGGAAGAUGGUGAUGAAGCUGCUCUAAAAAUAUGGAAAAGGUUCCGUGAGCUAUCUAUCGAAAAAUAUAUCGAUACUUAUGCCCGUUUGAAUAUCCAAUAUGACGUAUACUCGGGUGAGUCUCAAGUCUCUAAGGAAUCUAUGGAAAAGGCCUUACAAAUCUUCAAAGAAAAGGGACUAACACACGAAGACAAGGGUGCUGUUCUAAUCGAUUUGACUAAAUUUCAAAAGAAACUUGGUAAAGUAAUUGUUCAAAAGUCAGAUGGUACCACUCUAUACUUAACCAGAGAUGUUGGUGCCGCCAUGGACCGUUAUGAAAAGUAUCAUUUUGAUAAGAUGAUCUACGUUAUUGCAUCCCAACAAGAUCUACAUGCCGCCCAAUUCUUCGAAAUUUUGAAACAAAUGGGCUUUGAAUGGGCUAACAGAUUACAACAUGUUAAUUUCGGUAUGGUUCAAGGUAUGUCUACUAGAAAAGGUACCGUCGUCUUCUUAGAUAACAUUUUGGAAGAAACUAAAGAAAAAAUGCAUGAUGUCAUGAAAAAGAAUGAAGUCAAAUAUUCUCAAAUUGAAAACCCAGAAGAAGUUGCUGACUUAGUCGGUAUUUCCGCUGUCAUGAUUCAAGAUAUGCAAUCGAAACGUAUUAAUAACUAUGAGUUCAAAUGGGAAAGAAUGCUUUCGUUUGAAGGUGACACUGGUCCUUACUUACAGUAUGCACAUUCUAGAUUGAGAUCAGUGGAGAGGAAUGCUUCUGAAAUCACUCCAGAAAAGUGGUUAAAAGCUGAUUUCAGUUUGUUAACUGAACCAGCUGCUUUGUUACUUGUUAGAUUACUGGGUCAAUAUCCGGACGUCUUAAGAAACGCAAUCAAAACCAACGAACCUACCACAGUUGUCACAUACUUAUUCAAGUUAACUCAUCAAGUGUCCUCAUGUUAUGACGUCUUAUGGGUUGCUGGUCAAACCGAAGAAUUGGCUACUGCUCGUCUUGCUCUUUAUGCUGCUGCUAGACAAGUUUUAUAUAAUGGUAUGCGUCUGUUAGGUUUAACUCCAGUUGACAGAAUGUAA